AUGAACGGUAUCUUUGCAAUCGAAAAACCAACAGGUAUUUCAUCCAACCAAUUUAUGUUGAAGAUUCAACAUUUAUUCAAUAGUAGUGAAGUGUUUUCAAAGGAAAUUGCUAGAGCUACUGCAGAGAGGAUGCAAGAAUAUAAAAGGCAAACGGGAAAAACCCCAAGUAAAAGAAAGCUACGAAAGGUCUCUAAAGUGAAAAUGGGACAUGGAGGUACCUUAGAUCCAUUGGCAUCUGGUGUCUUAGUUAUUGGUGUUGGAUCAGGUACUAAGAAAUUGUCAGAAUAUUUACAAGGCACUGAAAAAGUAUACGAAAGUGAAGCAUUGUUUGGUAUUUCUACUACGUCUGGUGAUGUCGAAGGUGAGAUUUUGUCUGAAAACUCUGUGAAACACCUUGAUAUGGAUGAAUUGAAGACUGUUAAGGAAAAGUUCGAGGGUAAUUUAAAACAGACUCCUCCUAUAUAUGCAGCUUUGAAAAUGGAUGGUAAACCUUUACAUGAAUAUGCUAGGCAGGGGAUCCCAUUGCCAAGAGCUAUUGAACCAAGACAAGUGAAAAUAUAUGAUUUGACGAUUUUCCCUGAUUCUUUGACAAAAAAUCACUCAUAUCCUUUAUUAAGACCAUUAACCGAAGAAUCCAAGGAUACAAUUAAAAACUUGAAUGCCAAUUUGUUGCACGAUACUUUAUAUUACUCAAAGGAAUAUUGUGAGAAGAAAGGUUUAGCCUCAGAGAUUGCAGAUAUUGAAGAUCCAAUUCCAAUCACUGAAGAAGAAAAGAAAAUGAUUGAUGAAAAUGGAGACUCAUACAGGGCACCCUUGUUGCAUUUCAAGGCUAAAGUAUCAUCAGGUACAUAUAUUCGUUCUUUGGUGAGUGACAUUGGCAAAGCCAUGAGAUCUUCAAGUUAUAUGGUUAAAUUAAUACGUUUACAACAAAAGGAUUGGUCUUUGGAAAAAAAUAAUGUAUUUAAAUUGGAAGAUUUCACUGAAAAUGAUGAACUUGUAUGGAGUAAAGUUUUAAAGUUGGUGUUUGAAAAGGGUCCUCAGGUGAAUAUUGCAGAAGAAAUUACGAAAGCUCGAGAAAAGUACGAAACUAUUUUGAAUAAUAAGUCAUCUGUGGAAGAAUCAACCUUUGAAGAACAGCAUACAAGUGCGUCGAAGAAGGAAUCUGUAAUGGAAGAUUCUGAAAAUUCAUCUUUGAAGAGGAAGAUUGAUCAAAUGUGA